AUGCGCUUCAUCAAGGGCCUCCUUUCAGCAGCCCUGCUUAUGGCAGGCGCGAUGGCUGCAAAGAAGUCGUCCGAAGAGCGCUUCAACAGCUUCCACACCAAAGCGCUUGCCUCUUUGCCUGUCAAGCUCUCCGAUGUCAGCUACAAGACUCUCACCGAAGCUCCUCGUGAUUACAGUGUCUCCGUUUUGUUGACUGCUAUGGACCCUCGCUACGGGUGUCACUUGUGCCGAGAGUUCCAACCUGAAUGGGACCUCCUUGCGAAGAGCUGGAUUAAAGGAGAUAAGAAGGGGGAGUCGCGAAUGAUUUUCGGCACUCUCGACUUUACAAACGGCAGGGACACCUUCCUUUCGCUCGGCCUCCAAACAGCGCCUGUCCUCCUUCACUUCCCCCCGACCACAGGACCUCACGCCGUCGCAUCUCAAGAACCUGUCCGAUACGACUUUAGCAGCGGACCUCAGAACGCCGAACAAGUACGCUCGUGGCUCGUUAGACACAUGCCAGAGGGCCCCCACCCCGAAAUCGUUAGGCCGAUCAACUGGGUGCGCUGGAUCUCUGGCAUCACGAUCACCAUGGGUGUUCUCACCUUCAUUUAUGUCGCUAGCGACUACAUCCUGCCAAUUGUCACGAACCGCAAUGUCUGGGCCGCCAUCAGCGUCAUGACCAUUCUGAUCUACACAAGCGGCCAAAUGUUCAACCAGAUUAGAAACACCCCAUAUAUUGGUAGCGAUUCGAGGGGAGGAAUUGUCUAUUUCACUCGCGGAUUCCAGUCUCAGGUUGGUAUUGAAACUCAGCUGGUAGGCUGCAUGUAUGCCAUCAUGGCGUUGUGCUCCAUUACGCUGGCCGUCAAGGUACCUAGGAUGGCCGAUUCUAGUGCCCAGCAGCGUGUUGUCCUGAUCUGCGGUGGCGCUCUCUUCUUGACGUACAGUUUCUUCCUCAGCAUCUUCCGUAUCAAGAACGCGGGCUACCCAUUCUCUCUCCCCCCUUUCAUGUAA